GUUGAAGUGUUGUAUUUUGCAAAAAGUGCUGAAAUAGCAGGAAUUCGCUCAGAGACCAUUUCUGUGCCACAAGAAAUAAAAGCAUUGCAGCUGUGGAAUGAGAUAGAAACACGACAUCCUGGAAUGAGCUGGUUUAAUUAGUAACUUUGCAGGUGAUACUUCAUAAGAUUGGCUGAUGUCAGAAAUCAGGUGAUAUUUGCUGUUCGUCAGGAAUAUGUCGAGCUUGGAGAUCAGCUCCUCUUGCUUCAAUCAGGAGACGAAAUUGCCAUCAUCCCCCCCAUUAGCGGAGGGUAGUGCUUUUGAGCCACUUGGGAAAGAUAAGAGUGAAGUUGAGGAGAAAGCUAAAGAUAUAAUACAAUUCACUGCUGAGAAACUCUCAGUAGAUGAAGUCUCCCAGUUGGUGAUUUCUCCGCUCUGUGGUGCAAUAUCCCUGUUUGUAGGGACUACAAGAAAUAACUUUGAAGGGAAAAAAGUCAUUAGCUUAGAAUAUGAAGCAUAUCUACCGAUGGCAGAAAAUGAAGUCAGAAAAAUUUGUAGUGACAUUAGACAGAAAUGGCCCGUCAGACACAUUGCAGUGUUCCACAGACUUGGCUUAGUUCCAGUGUCAGAAGCAAGCGUAAUCAUUGCUGUGUCCUCAGCCCACAGGGCUGCAUCCUUGGAGGCUGUGAGCUAUGCCAUUGAUGCUCUGAAAGCCAGGGUGCCCAUAUGGAAAAAGGAACUGUAUGAAGAAUCAUCAUCAUCUUGGAAAAGAAAUAAAGAAUGCUUUUGGGCAACCAAUGAUUAAAUCACAGUUUUUUAGAGCACUAACAUUUAAAUGUGUUAAACUUUGAUCUUUGAUCACAUUUUGGUUUUUCUUCUCCGAAAGUGAAGAUAGUUUAUUGAAGCACAAUCUCUUAUGUUCCACCUGUGGGACAAAAGGGAGAAAAAAGCAAAAUAAAUGGGUGUUUAGAAUGAGGACCUACGCAGAAACUACAGGUGGAGGAAGAGCUUUAGAGAAGAAAUGGAAGAAUAAUUUAAAUGUGAGCAAGGAUGCCUUUGGUAGACACAUUAUUCCAUGACUACGUUCUAAUUGUAACUCGACAUACUGAA